GUACAGUGUCGCACUCGGACGAAGUUCACGUAAUAGAACGAGGUGUGCACGAUGCAACGAGACAGUCAGUUCCGAGACCGAGUAUAAUAAAAAUCGGCUGCGAUUCGGGAAACGGAGAACAACGAAGAAAUGACACUCGGGAAAACCAAGGUUGGAUCGACUGAUCGCCUGCACACUAGCCGCGAAACGCGACGAAACGAACGCGAGGCAGCAGUGAUCGUGGUCAAACGAGAAUAACGAGAUAUCGGUAAUCUCUUGUGUCUGCUCCGCUUCGGGCUUUCGUUCCUUCUCGUUGUCGAACGAUCUUCCUCCAGUGUAUUCACUUAACACGAACUACGAUAAACAUAGCAGUGGAAAAGGACGUGUGUGACGUUACGAAGACUUUUCAGCACGCGACAUUCGAUGUUCACCAUCCUGGAUGGCAUCUGUUCAUGAUCAUUCAUAGCGAACGCGAUCCGUAAAACGAGAAGACGAAAUUUGUGUGCGAAAAAUAUACAAUUCUGUGGUGAAAUAUGGACAAUAGGACGAACUGCUUCUUUCGUCCGACUCUGAUUAUAUUUUUAAUGGAAACACGAGUUUUUGAGACCGAAUACGAUUAUCGAUAUAUAUCUGUUCUAUAUUCUGAACUGUCCUUAACAAAGAGGGGCAAACGUGAAACGAAUCGGUUCGAGAUGGCAUUGCAGUAACUUGCCAGUACUUAAUCGAAGCAAGAAGUGAUAGAAACAUCGAGCCUGCCUACCAGACUACGUAUCGGAUCAUUGAGCAGUGAAUAAAGAGGCGGUGACUAAACUAUUCUGGGAUAUGGAAUAAUCAGCGUAUGAUCGCGACAAGUUCAUUUUACUACACGUAUUGCACGAUAUCGGUUAGAUUCCUGACAAUUCUUGCAUGUAACUCGUUCAUAUGUGGAAAAAUAGUUGGAAGCAAACAAGAUGAAUUCUGGUGACAAGAAGAAGAAAGGGCUUGAUGGCGGUUGGGGAUGGCUCGUUUGCCUUGGCAGUAGUCUCAUCACGCUUUCUUUAAGAUCUUUGGAUCCCUCGUUUGGACUCCUUUUCCACGACCUCUUUAUAGAACUUGAAAUUGACUCCACAGGAGCGUCAUUCAUAAUGAGCAUUCUUGAUGCUAUUGUUAAUUUCUCAGGUCUCUUAAUAGGACCGUUAUUGAAAAAGUAUUCUUAUCGACAAGUGGCAUUCUUUGGAUCUCUUUUAAGCUGUACUGGACUGAUAUUGACGUCGAGAGCUAAUAGCAUGUUCCAUAUUGUUUGCACUUAUAGUAUUUUAGGAGGCUUAGGAACUGGACUGGCCAUUGCAUCAGCGUUCGUGGCGUUGAAUACAUUUUUUGAGAAAAAAAGAGGACAAGCUGUUGGCUUUUCUAUGGCUGGAACAACUUUGGCCAUGAUGAUAGUACCUCAGUUAAUUCAUCUUCUUUUGAAUUCAUAUGGAUUUCGUGGAGCGAUGUUAGUGAUUGGAGGAUGGGCGUUGCAUUCCACUAUUGGCGCUUGUUUAUUACGUCCAUUUGAAUCUGAAAUUGAAAGUACAAAUGCCGAUACAAAGCAUAGAAAUAAUUCAACUAGAAGUGACAUGUUAUUACAAGUAGAAAACAAUGGAAUGGUGAAGGACGUUAAAUGUGAUACAAGUGAUUCCGAGAAUAAUAUGCUGGAGUAUAAUAAAACGGAGAAGAUAAAAAAGAAAUCUCAAAAUGAAUAUCUUAGGAAGAUAAAGGAAACCUUUGAUUUGGACUUACUUAAAGAUGGCAUCUAUCUAAACAUAGUUAUUGGCUUGAGUUUAUAUUAUGUUGCUGAAUCGAACUUCAAACUAAUGACACCAUUUUUUUUAACUAGCAUACGAAUGAGCAAAGCGGAAGUUGCCUCUUGUUUGUCGAUAUCUGCAUUCACCGACAUUCUUGCCCGCCUUUUACUACCAACCAUUUUCGAUAGAUUGGGAUUGAAGAACAGAACCAUCUUCUGGAUUUUCUGUAUUCUAGUUGGAAUUGGACGAUCUAUUAUGGCAGCGCAAUCUAAAGGAGUACUUUUGAUAAUAACAUUCGUGAUAAUAGGGUUUUUACGUGGCGCCACUUUGGUAAAUUUAAACCUUACCGUUUCCGAAUAUUGUCCUUUAAACAAGCUGCCAAAUGCCUUUGGGAUGUUUAUGGUAUUUAAAGGUUUAUUCGUUGUAAUGCUGAGUCCUUUAAUUGGAUACAUCAGAGAUGUCAGCGAAAGUUAUGCACUUUGUAUACAUGUUAUGACACUAAUGAUAAGCAUCACGUUCAUUACAUGGAGUAUCGAGUGUAUGUAUAGGACAUUUAAAAACAGGAAAUCUGUUUUAGCUAAACAAGCACAAGACAUCGUGAUAGAAUAAGUAUCACUUAGGAUUUAAUAUUUAGCAUUUUCAUAAGAAC